AUGCCCGAAGAUACCAUUGCCAUCAUUCCCAACAUGGGGAAUCAGCCUGCACGUCAAUAUUCCGCCAAAGCCUGUCGUUGGUUAAGCUGGAUGAGUCACCAGAGCGGAUCUCACAUACGACAUGCUAGAAACGGAGGAGAAGUCAAGAUCGGAAGUUAUACUGUAGAUGGAUACCAGGAAGCUACUCGUACCAUCUACGAAUUUUACGGAUGCUAUUGGCACGGAUGCCCUACUUGCUAUCCGAAUUUACAGACCGAAACUCAUCCUCACCGGACACAAUUUACUUACCAGGAAUUACACGAGGAAACUUUAAGGAGGAAUACGGUCUUAGAGGAAAUGGGGUAUUCCGUACAUAGUAUCUGGGAACACGAUUUCGAUCAACAAGUACAAAUAGAGGGGGCAUUACAGAAUUAUGUACGAGAUCUGGACAUUCCAGAUCCUUUGAACCCCCGAGAAGCCCUGUACGGAGGCCGGACCAAUGCUACAAGAUUGUAUUGUGAGGAGGGGGACAUGAGAUACGUGGACGUCUGUUCCUUAUACCCUUACGUGUUAAAACACAGACCUUUUCCUUUGGACCAUCCUCAGAUCAUUACAGACGACUUCCAGGACGUGAGAACUUAUUUCGGUCUCAUUCACUGUCGGGUCUUACCACCCCGAGGCCUCUAUCACCCCGUUUUACCUUAUCGCACAGGAGGCAAGUUAUUAUUUCCAUUAUGUCGAACCUGUGCGGAACGACAGGACUCUACUUCUAAACAUCGAUGUCAACACACAGACCAGGAACGCAGUCUUACAGGUACUUGGGUGACUACAGAAUUACAUAAAGCCCUAGACAUGGGAUAUACUUUAGAGCGGAUUUACGAGGUUUGGCAUUUUCCAGAAAGCAGUCAAGAUUUAUUCAGAUCUUACAUCGAUACCUUCUUAAAGAUCAAACAGGAAGCGUCUGGAUUCCCACCUGAUUGUCAGACGGAGGAACAGAAACUAGAUUACAUUCGUAAAGUCAUAGACAGAGAAGGCAUUAGAAUGGACCUAUUAAGUAUAGAAAAAAAUCCGGUGCGAAGAACGAUAGCCAAACUCUUUUUAAAUUGCCUGUGGGGAAAAUUCGCUCAACGCCUGUUAUUACCUAAAACUCGAUACUUGACCGAAGAAGAGGAAGUACAGCAACUCUUACAAGAUUCGACCAUUGACAUCAAAGGGCUAGAACUCUUAGAAAAUAAAGAGGACCCGGAAUUGGACAUGAUGCUGGUGAAUUAUCAAGAGAAACAGGAAUUUGUAGAAGAGUGUCCCUUCGGAAACGUGGUACUGGCCUGUUUCACUACCGCUCAUGCCCGAUUACACCUCUACGAGACUUUACAACCUUUAGGAGAUCGGGUCCUUUAUUUCGAUACGGACAGUAUCAUAUACCAACAUAAGGAGGGACAAUUUAAUCCUACCCUUGGCCACAGUUUAGGAGAAUGGACUGAUGAAUUAGACGGGGACCACAUUAUCAAAUUCAUGUCAGGAGGUCCUAAAAAUUAUGCUUACCUUACCGCCAAGGGAAAUUCCGUGUGUAAAGUCAAAGGAUUGACUCUUAAUUAUCGGGCUUCCAAUAUCGUAUCACCAGAGACAUUAGAAAAAAUGCUCAAGAAAGAAAUGGAUGAAAUCCAAGUCUCGGAGCCAGAGGGGGUUCCUCAUUACCCUAACUAUGCUCUGCUCUUAAAGAGAGAAGCUACCUUUAAAGAGGGAUGGCCCGAGUCUUUAAAGGGCUUAUUACCCAACCUAGCCAAAGCUGGAUUUUAUUACAGGGGAGUGGGUGAUAAGACCACUUGUUUUCAUUGUGGUAUGGGUUUUACCAACUGGGAACCUACAGACGAUCCUUAUGUAGAACAUGCUUAUUGGAACCCUAAUUGUCCUUACAUCAAUACCUAUAAAGGACGUGAGUGGGUGAUGAUCGUAUUCAUUAACCAUUUACUCCGGGUGGGAUACAAAGUUUCACCUGAAAUUAAACCUCUACUAGACCAAACCUCUACAGAGAUUCAGGCCACAGGAAAAUGUCACAUUUGUUUAGAGGGAGAAUUACAAAUGGCUUUACUCCCUUGUGGACACGUAUGUUGCUGUUCAUUAUGUGCUCCCACCUUCCGGUAUUGCCCCAUCUGUCGAUCCGAUGUGAAGAGAACUCAACGUAUAUUUCUGUGUUGA